AUGAAUUUCGACACGUUUUGCGAGACGUUUGCUAAGGUCGCCGAAAACUGUCUUCCUCCCGUCUUGCAAGAGCGGGUCUCGUCGACAACGUUAAUUCCUGUGGAUCACAUGCCCCCGCAGUUGGAACCGGAUCUCUGUACGCCUACCGAGCCACACGAAUCGGGAGUGAUGGUCAAAGUUAGGAGAGGCAGGCCCGGUGUGCCGCCGGCCUCGGAUGCUGCUAUAUAUGAAGCAUAUGCCCAUAAAGAACUCGCACCAAAAAACGCCUUCGUACUUCCACUGCUUGGUGCCUGUCAGGGAAGCACGACAGGCAACGUAUACCUUUUCACGCCACUGCUACAAGGAGACAUCAUUAGGGUAAAUGCUCAGAAUUCUUUUCAGUGCUCCAGCGGCGAGCUUGUCCUGAAGGAGAUGGCAACAUCGCUGAAGGUUCUUCAUGAUGCUGGGCUUGUCCAUGGAGAUAUAAAGGAGCAAAACUUUUUCGUGGGGAGAGACGGCCAUAUCGUGAUCGCUGACUUCGGUGCAUUAGGCCAGCCUGGUUGGAGUCCCGAAGCUGGCACCUUAGGCUACAUCGCACCGGAGCGACUUGUCGUUAACAACGCGAACUCCUUCGCCUCUGACAUAUGGGCACUAGGAGUGGCUUUUAAAAACGUGUUGAGCGCCUUACGCGCUACAGUCGGCUCAAGCUGGGGAGCGUUAUUUGAAUUAUCAAACCGCAUGACAGCUUCAGAUCCCGCUGCGCGUCCAUCAGUGGAUGAUGUCCUCUUAGAUCCGUGUCUCUGCACCCUGGGCAGACUCGAAAGUCAAGGCGCCGCCCCUUUGGCUCCCGAUGCUUCUGGCUAUUAUGGCUUGAGUGGAGUGACCAAUACAUCAGAUUAA